AUGCUGCUUUUCAAGACUUCUAAUGUCGGAGUCUCGGGCUCCUUGCGUUCUUUGGCACCUCGCCUUGUGACAGCAACUUCAACUUCUUUCCAACGACGAUGGGAAAGUACUAAACCCAUUGACCAGAUCCCACCCGUUGUAUCAACUGAUAGUCCUCUGCUUACCCAGGAUGUGUCUACAAUGACCACUCCUCAAAAGUUUGUGCGCUCGCUGCCAGCAUCCUGGAUCCCCUAUGCUGAGCUCAUGCGUCUUGAUAAGCCUAUUGGUACUUGGUUGCUUUACACUCCUUGUACUUGGGCUAUUACCAUGGCCGCAUACACCAAUUCUGCACCAAUUUCUCAAACUGUAACUAUGCUGGCUCUCUUUGGUAUUGGCUCCAUCAUUAUGCGUGGCGCUGGCUGCACCAUUAAUGAUAUCUUGGACCGCAACAUGGAUAAUAAGGUUGGUCGUACGAUUACUCGCCCACUUGCCCGCCGAGCCGUGUCGGUCCCACAGGCCGUGACUUUUCUUGGUGCCCAGUGCUUUACCGGUCUUGCUGUGUUACUUUGUCUUCCUUGGGACUGCUUUUGGCUUGGUGCUGCAAGUUUGCCCUUUGUUGCUACAUACCCUCUCUUUAAGAGAUUUACCUACUACCCACAAGCCUCUCUUUCCUUCUGCUUCACCUGGGGUGCUCUUUUGGGAUUCCCAGCCAUGGGUGUUUGGAAUAUUCCUGCCAUGAUGGCUCUUCAUGCUUCUUCGUUUGCUUGGUGCAUGACUUAUGAUACCAUUUAUGCCCACCAGGAUAAGAAGUUUGAUAUUGAGGCUGGUGUCAAGUCCACAGCUCUCAAGUGGGGUGACGGUACCAAGCCCAUUCUCAGAAACCUGACUGUGGCCCAAAUUGCCUUGUUGGCUGCUUCUGGUAUUUUCAACUCCAUGGGCCCAUUUUUCUUUGCCUCGGUCGGCUUUGCUGCUUACCGUGUAUUUAACAUGAUUAAGAAGGUGGACCUUGACAACCCAGAUAAUUGCUGGAGCUGGUUUGUUAACAACAUCAAUACUGGUCAUGCCAUUUUUGCUGGCUGUCUCGGUGACUAUGCUAUGCGUUUGAUGGGCAUCUAUUAA